AUGUAUGACAAUUCAACAUAUGGAUGUAAUAUAACAAAUCCAAUGAAUGAACAACAAAAAUCUAUGUAUUCUCAUAUUCCUCCAUUAUUAAUUCAACUUCGUCAACAAAUGAUAUCUUAUCCAAAUGAUUAUUUUCAAGGUCGUGGUAUUGUUCUCACUAUUGGACCAAAUCAAAUGUCACUAGCAAAAGUUAAUUUAAAGAUGAUUGAACAUAGUCGUACUCGACUAAGUGUUCAGAUAUGGUAUUCAUCCACUACAAUCUCACAUAAAAAUAUGAUUAAAUUAUUUAAAUAUGCACCAAGAGUUAAUUUAAGUGUUUGUUGUUUUCAUACAGCUCAAUGUAGAACUUAUCAAAAAACAUGGCAAUUGAACACUACUCAUGUUUACAAACCAGCAGGCAAUAAUCUUCUUAAAAACUUUGCUUAUAAACCAGCUGCAAUUUUAAGUGCUACAUUUGCUGAAGUGCUCUUUCUCGAUUCUGAUGCAUAUGUCACAAGAGAUCCUGAAGAACUUUUUCUUUUGGAUCCUAUGUAUCUCAAAUUUGGUGCACUCUUCUAUCCUGAUGCUCAUAUUAGUCGGCAAGAUUCAAUAGUAUGGCAAUUAUUUAAUACAAGUUGUGGU